AUGGCGGCAGCGAUGUCGAGCAUGUGCCAAAAGCUCUUGGAGAACAUCGCCGCACCAUUGGUCGAGCCGAAGGUCGCCGCAGCGACCGAAGGAGCCCUUUCAGAAGGGUGUAUCAUGGAUUAUAUCUCUUCUUUCGAUAUUCGACUACAAAAAGAUGUUUAUUAUGCUGGGGAACAGGUUCAGGGCACUGUACUACUCGAGAAUACAGAGAAUAUCAAGAUUCGAGGCAUUCGUGUCUUGCUGCGCGGCAAAGUGCACGCAAUUUUGAAAGUGGUGAAAUCGGGUGAGAGACGAACGGUGAAAGAUGAUCAAUAUGUACUCGAUGAGAAGACGUUGAUCUGGGGAAAAGACAAAUCGGAUGACUCGGACUCAAUCCCGAUUCUCCCGCGAGGAAUGCAUCAAUUCCCUUUCCAUUUCUCCCUUCCACAAACCACUCUCCCGUGUUCUUACGAGAGUCGAUAUGGAACGAUUCGAUACUAUAUUAAGGUGAUAAUUGACGUACCCUAUGCGAGCUCUCCCCAAGGAAUCAAGUAUUUCACGAUCAUCGGUCCGCAUAUCGAUUGCAUGGAGGAAAAGUAUUUGCAACCUUUAACGGGUCAAGAUCGGAAAGUGACAUGUUGUUGGUGUUGUCAGAGGGGAGCGCUCGCAUUAAGAAUCACCCUUGAUCGAACAGCCUAUGUUUGCGGGGAGAAUGUGCGGGUACGGGCACAGGUGGAGAACCGGCAGCGCUCUCAGCAAGUGAUCAGCAUAAAGAUGACCCAGCACGUCGAGUAUUUCAUCGAGAAAGGCGUCUUGGGAGAGAGCAAAUCACAAGUAUGCACUGUUUUCGAGCACAAAUCUCCGCCAAUCUCUGCAAACUCGACGGGAAAAUACGAUUCAACGCUCGAGCACCCGAUUCGUCUCCCAAUGGUCCCUCCAACUCUGAUCGGAGUCUGCCGAUUGAUACAAAUCUACUAUAUUCUUCGGGUGUGUCUAGAGGACGAAAAGGGAAACGAGUGCCUCCAUUUGGAUUUCCCGCUCACCGUCGCCACCGUUCCCUAUCGGAUCCCGAACGCCGCCCCAUCACCCAUGGAUUACGACUUUUGCGUGAACCACGUCGAGGGUGGGAAAUACGUGAGUCCUGAGUUUCGAUUGGGUCAAGUGUAUGAUGGGGAGAAUCUCGCUGGAGAGGAUGAGGUAGUUCUUUACCGGCCAGUGUACGCGCGAAUAUCCGACCGAAAGCUGGGCGCUUCGCCGCGGUACAGUCGCGAAUUUCGGGGAUCCUGCACAAAAAUCGCCGACAGUUGUCAAUCUAUCAUCACUGAAGUGAAUGGCGGGCAAAGAAGGGUGAGCAAUGUGCAUACACCGGCUGAUGAAAAGGAUAGACAUGAGCACUUUGCUACCGUUGAUCGAACUGACUCCACCGCCGACAUCGACGCCAUUCAACCAUUGAUCCACAAAAAAGCCACU